AUAAAAUACUCAAUAUACUAAAUACUAAAUACUCAAUUCCUUGCAAAAAAUAACUAAGAUGAACAUUAGGUAUACAAUUAAUUUCAUGUUUCAAUAGUAUGUUAUUUAUCUAAGACCCACUACUCAAAACUAAAUAUAAGUUAUAACUGAAAUCUUAUCAACCGUAAACAUUCAAAUUUAUUGUAGGUAGGUACCUAUAUAUAUAAAUAUUAGAUUAAUUUUAUUAUAUAAUUUCAGGUUUAUCAAUGGCGUCAUCGAAUUUGACUUCAAACUUUUUUUAUUUAAUUCAUCGUUCCCUGUUGAAUUAUAUUCAAUAAGUAAAAAAAUUUGGAAUAUUAUUUUUGCUUUAUUUGUUUUGUUUUUUAUUUGUACUCAAUAUUAUUUUAUUUUACUUCAUCAUAUAGAAAUUAAAGAAUUAUCUCAAUUCGCUACGACCUUGUUCCAUACACCAGAUAUUAUUAUUUUUAUAGUAUUGGUUACAUCACUUUAUUAUCUCAGUAACCUGGGGUACCGAUUUUGUGAAUUGAAUAGAUUAUGGAAAUGCUUACCUUUUGGGUUAACCGCUUUGCCAGGUGGAUUGUCUCAUUCAGAGAUAACAAUAUUAGUAGAACGUAUACGAUUGUUGCAUGCUGAACUUUCUGAGUUGCUUAGAUUGUUUAGUUUGGGUUACGGACCGGUCUUAUUGGUUUAUUUUACAUUUACAUUCAGCAAUGCUUUACUCGAAACAUUUCUUUUUACAAUAUAUAACAGUUCAAAAGAAUAUAGUAUUCUUCCAUAUAUAUUCUACCUACAGCACAUUUUCAACAUGAUUUCAAUCAUCUACGUCACCUCGUGGGUCAUUGAAAAGAAAAAAAAAAUUAUUUCAUAUUUGCGAUUGAUCCGAAUUUCUGAAUUGACUGUCCAUGCCAAAUUACAAAUUAAAAUGUUCAUGCAACAGAUAUCAGGUUAUGAACCAAAUGAAAUCACAGCCUUUGGAUUCUUCAAUUUUGAUUUAAAAUUAAUUAUGUCGAUUUUAGUAUUAUUGAUUACUGGGAUUUCUACUAUGCUGCAAAUGAAAGACCACCCAAUGAUGUUGUACUUGAAGAACGCAUUGAAAAUAAGCAAUGAUCAUGUUCAUAGAAUUACAUAAGAUACGAUAGACUGGGAUAUCGGGAUGGGCAGUAUCGAAAAUACGUGUACACGUACCGAAAACACAUAACGUGUUCUAACCUAACCUAACCUAUCUUAAAUACGUACCUAUCUUGUAUCACGGUACUUUUCUGAAAAGUAUCGAGUAGAUGCUUACUGACUUUAUCGUGAAACUUCUUUAGUCUAUCUUGUAAUGCUAUUUUUAGAAUUUUCAAGUUCAUAUUUUCACAGUUAUUGGAGGUAAGGAGCACAGAGCCAACUUCACAAUGCCCGUCAGGGUCAACCCAGAAAGUCCAGUCCUGUUUUAAAAUAUUGUCUACCGUUAGCAAGAGUUUGCAAGUCCAUUUUCAAAUAGAUAUACCUACUUAGUUACAACAUACUAUCGACUAGACUAGUUUUUAUUUUUACUUUUCUUUUUUCAUUAAACGCUCUGGUACGUUUUAUGUAAACAUAAUUAAAUAUUUCUAAGUUGACAAAUCUUAGAUAUAUAUCAGUAGCGUAUUUACAGGGUUGAUCUGGUUGAUAUAUCACUUGUGACUCGUACAUAUAGAAUAGUAAAAAAAUAAAAUUAUAUAAAAAAUAUCGCAUCAUCGAAAUUAGUGAAUUCAUGAAUAAUUGUUUUUAAUUUCCUAGUCCCUAUUCAGUAAGUACCUAGUUACCUAUAAUAUAGGUACUACUGUAGUUAGUUAAUUUGUAAGUACAUAAUUAAGUAUAGACAGUAUAGUGCAGUGGCGUGCAGAUCCCUUUUUCCAUGUGGGGCAAAGUUAAUUUUUUUACACCCACCACCCACCCAAAACUAAAAGAACGUAGUAAAAUGACACGUAGUAAAAUAACAUUUACAAAUUUAAUUUUAGUAACUUGUAAAAUUCUUAACAAAAAAUACCACCCACACCCACCCCAUUUGUGUCUUUCUGCACGCCACUGGUAUAGUGUAUCUAAAAUCACGAUACUUCGAAGACAAAUAUUUAGUAUUUCGAUAGGUACCAACUUAGUUUUAAGUACUUAUCAUGCAAAUCCCUGACACUAUGUUAAUGUAUGAAAAAUAAUCGGAUUAAACAUGUUAGCAUGAACAUAGUUUUAGUUGUAAAAUAUACAAUUGGCAAUAUGGGUUAUAGGGACCUUUUACUUAUACAUUAAUUUAUAAAAAUAUUCAAAACAUAAAAUAAAUGUCUUUUAUUUAACAAAAUAA